AUGAGAGAAGCAGAAGAUGAUUUCUUAUACACAGGCAGAGCCUUGUUGUCUCUUCUUUCAUCUAAUCCUUGGUCUCGUCUUCCGGGGGAGGACCCAACUUCGGAAGGUUUCUUGACCGAGAGAAUACUCAAAAGCCUUUGUUGUGCCGAAACGAUCGAAUUUGAAUGUGCCAUUGAUCCUGUGAAACUCACAAUGGCAAGAAUCCUCCUCCAUCACCACUUUGAGCAGAAGCGCGUUGAGCUGAGUAAAGAUCCGAAGAUUUCGAGCUACCUUUCCCAAGGUAAAGGUAUCGCUAGCGUAGCAAUUAAUGCGAUCUUAGAGGAGAUAUACAAUCGCUAUGAUCAGAACAUCAGCCCAAAGGCAAAAGAAAAGUGCUUAAGUAGAUUUAUGUAUCACAAAAGAAUUGGAAAGAGGUGGUCCUUUGUCGCCUCUCAUCUUGGAAUUAGUUUCGUUCUGACUUGUGGCCCUGAACUAGCAACUCAUGUGUAA